CCGCGCGUCCCCGCGCCCGCCCCUCCCCUGCCCGGCCCUCCCCCGCAGUCCGCCGGCCGGCGCGCGAGCCCAGGCCCGGCCGUCGCCGCCGCCGCUGCCGCCGCCGCCGCUGCCCGCCCGUCCCGAGGAAGGCAGAUUUCCAUGAGGAUAACUUUCAAGGACCUAGAUGGCCUCAUUUUAGCUGCUUCCAAACCUGGAGCCAGUGCUUGCUCCCCCAUCCUCUGUGCCUGGGUGGUAGUGGUGCCUAAGAGCCAUGAAGGUUGUCCCCGAGAAGAAUGCUGUCCGGAUACUCUGGGGUCGAGAAAGAGGCACACGGGCCUUGGGGGCUCAGCGGCUUCUGCAGGAGCUGGUGGAGGAUAAAACUCGGUGGAUGAAGUGGGAAGGAAAGAAAGUUGAACUUCCUGACAGUCCACGUUCCACCUUCUUACUGGCCUUCAGCCCAGACAGGACUCUCAUGGCCUCCACCCAUGUGAACCACAACAUCUACAUUACGGAGGUGAAGACUGGCAAAUGUGUUCAUUCUCUGGUUGGGCAUCGACGUACGCCAUGGUGUGUGACUUUUCACCCCACCAUCCCAGGCCUCAUUGCUUCUGGCUGCCUCGAUGGGGAGGUUAGAAUUUGGGAUUUACAUGGUGGCAGUGAAAGCUGGUUCACAGAUAGCAACAAUGCCAUUGCCUCCCUGGCUUUCCACCCCACGGCUCAGCUCCUGCUCAUCGCCACAGCUCACGAGAUCCACUUCUGGGACUGGAGCCGGCGGGAGCCUUUCGCGGUGGUGAAGACGGCCAGUGAGAUGGAGAGGGUCCGGUUGGUGAGGUUUGACCCCCUUGGACACUACUUGCUCACAGCAAUCGUUAACCCCUCCAACCAACAGAGUGACGAUGAGCCAGAGAUCCCCGUGGAUGGGCCAGAGCUGUCCCACUUCCGCCAGCGCGCUCUUCUGCAGUCCCAGCCUGUGCGCCGGACGCCCCUUCUGCACAACUUCCUGCACAUGCUGUCGUCCCGCUCCUCCGGCAUCCAGGUGGGAGAGCACAGCACGGUCCGAGACUCUGCCACCCCUUCGCCCCCGCCUCCCCCUCCGCCUCCGCCCAGCACGGAGCGCACCAGGACUGCUUACGCCAGGCUCCGCGAGCGGGCCGGCUCCCCCCCAGCCGAGUGCUGCCAGCCCCUGGGGAUGCCGUGCCUCUGCAGCCGCUGCUCCCGUGCGCCACUUCCUUCUUCCCUCUUCCCACGCCCGGACGGCGCUCCCUCUACUUCUGCUGGGGCUACUACCGCUUCCCUUUCUUCCGUGCAGACCGAGCCCUACCAGGCCCUGGAGCAGGCCUCGCCAGCGCCGCAGGACCAGGGCCUCCUGAACCGCCCGUCUGCCUUCAGCACAGUGCAGAGCGGGACCGCGGGCAACACACUCCGGAACCUCAGUCUGGGGCCCACGCGGCGCUCUCUGGGUGGCCCGCUCUCCAGCCACCCUUCCAGGUACCACCAGAGCGGAAGGGAAAUGGCCUCGGGGCUGGCGGGCUCUGACUGGACCCGAACGGUGCUAAGUAUGGACUCGCGCUCCGAGGCCGAAGCUCUGCCCCCCCCCAGGACCAGUGCCUCUUCCGUGAGCUUACUGUCUGUGUUGAGGCAGCAGGAGGGCGGCUCGCAGGCGUCCGUGUACACCUCUGCCACCGAAGGCAGGGGCUUCUCGGUGUCCGGGCUGGCGGCCGAGGCAGACCCGGGGGGCUCGGGCCAGGGCGGCAGCUCAGGCAGCAUCCGCAACGAGCUGCAGUGUGACCUGAGACGCUUCUUCCUGGAAUAUGACCGGCUCCAGGAGCUGGACCCCAGCCUGGGGGGAGACCCCACUCCGGCCCAGCAGGCCCAGGAGCUGCUCAACAAUAACAUCGAGCCCGAGAGGCCGGGCCCUUCCCACCAGCCCACACCGCACAGCAGCGAGAACAAUUCCAACUUGUCUCGGGGCCACCUGAACCGCUGCCGUGCCUGCCACAACCUCCUGACCUUUAACAACGACACCCUGCGCUGGGAGAGAACCGCGCCUGCCUACUCGGCCGCCCCCGAGAGCACCUCCUCCUGGCCGGUGCCCAGCGCCUUUGAGGGCCUGCCGGCCGGAGGCAGCCCGCUGCCCCCCUCCGAGGGUGCUGACGGCGGGCGAGUCCCUGGCUCCAGCAGGCUGGAGUUGAGCGCUUCCACCGGUGCGCAGGAUGAGCGGACUGUGGGAGUGGCCUUCAACCAGGAGACGGGCCACUGGGAGAGAGUUUACAGCCAGCCGGCGGCCAGCCGAGCCGGGAAUGUAUCACAGGAGGCCUUAAACCAGGAAAUGCCUGAGGAGAGUUCCGAGGAAGAUUCGCUCAGGAGGAGGCUGCUGGAGUCUUCCCUCAUUUCAUUAUCCCGUUAUGAUGGAGCAGGAUCCCGGGAACACCCCAUUUAUCCAGACCCUGCGAGGUUAUCUCCUGCUGCCUACUACGCCCAGAGGAUGAUCCAAUAUCUUUCUCGAAGAGACAGUAUUCGCCAGCGCUCCAUGCGCUACCAACAGAACCGUCUCCGUUCUUCCACCUCCUCUUCUUCCUCAGACAACCAAGGCCCAUCAGUAGAGGGAAACGACUUGGAGUUUGAGGACUUUGAGGACAAUGGAGACAGAUCCAGGCACCGAGCACCACGUAAUGCAAGGAUGUCUGCCCCUUCACUUGGACGCUUUGUCCCCAGGCGUUUCUUGCUGCCCGAAUACUUGCCUUAUGCUGGGAUUUUCCAUGAACGAGGACAGCCUGGGUUGGCCACUCAUUCCUCUGUUAAUAGAGUCCUGGCAGGUGCAGUAAUUGGUGAUGGACAGUCUGCAGUGGCUAGUAACAUUGCCAACACCACAUACCGGCUCCAGUGGUGGGACUUCACCAAGUUUGACCUGCCAGAAAUCAGCAAUGCCUCUGUGAAUGUGUUGGUGCAGAACUGUAAGGUCUACAACGAUGCCAGCUGUGACGUGUCGGCAGAUGGCCAGCUCCUGGCAGCCUUCAUCCCCAGCAGCCAGCGAGGUUUUCCUGAUGAGGGCAUCCUGGCAGUGUACUCCUUGGCACCCCACAAUCUGGGCGAGAUGUUGUACACCAAGCGCUUUGGCCCCAAUGCCAUUUCGGUGAGCCUGUCCCCCAUGGGGCGGUACGUGAUGGUUGGACUGGCUUCCCGCAGGAUCCUGCUGCACCCCUCCACAGAGCACAUGGUGGCUCAGGUCUUCAGACUGCAGCAGCCACAUGGUGGAGAGACCUCCAUGAGGAGAGUUUUCAAUGUUCUUUACCCCAUGCCAGCCGACCAGAGGAGACACGUCAGCAUCAACUCUGCCCGCUGGCUGCCUGAGCCAGGGCUUGGCCUGGCUUAUGGCACCAACAAAGGAGACCUGGUGAUCUGCCGACCAGAGGCCUUAAACUCUGGAGUUGAGUACUACUGGGACCAGUUGAAUGAGACAGUCUUCACCGUCCAUUCCAGCAGCAGGAACAGUGAGAGGCCUGGGAGCAGCAGAGCCACGUGGAGGACAGACAGGGACAUGGGCUUAAUGAGUGCCAUCGGCCUGCAGCCCCGGCACCCGACCACUUCGGUGACGUCUCAGGGCACCCAGACGCUGGCCCCUCAGCUGCAGAAUGCCGAAACGCAGACGGAAAGGGAGGUUCAGGAGCUGGGGGCCGCCGCCUCGGGCUCCGGCGAAGGCGAGGGCCCGGAGUUCGGGCCGGGCGGCGAGGACGCGCUCACCAGGAUCCAGAGGCUGAUGGCCGAGGGCGGCAUGACGGCGGUGGUGCAGCGGGAGCAGAGCACCACCAUGGCCUCCAUGGGCGGAUUUGGCAACAACAUCAUCGUGAGCCACCGCAUCCACCGGAGCUCCCAAACGGGCGCCGAGCCGGGGCCGGCCGACGGCUCGGCUCCCCGGCCCUCCACGUCGCGGGGGCCGGCCCCGGAGCCCGAGGGCCUCUCCGAGCCGGGCUCGCUGGCAGAGCGGGGCCUGAGCCACCGGACAGCCCCCGGCAGGCCGGCCUCCCCGAGCACUGUGGGACCAAUCUCAUACAGUGACCUAACCAACAACAACCAUCUUUCUGACAGCACCGGGUGCCCCGACGGAGAGCCGAGGGACAGGUAGAGGGCGCUGUGCCCGCCCGCCAGCCCGUCCUGCUGAGCAGAGCCGACCUCAGAGCUGACUAGGAACUGUGCCGUGGAGAAGCUGCUGGCCAUAAGGGGGCAGACGGGCUACCAGGGAGGAGGCACCCGAGCGACCCGAUGGCCCUCCAGAGUCCGGGGGCCCCCCCACCCCCCCAGCCCAUCCCUCGGAGGCACCGAGGCCCGAUGCAUGGAGCGGGCCUCGGGGACCCGGGACGGGUUUCCCUGCCGCGAGGCCUCGAGCACUUAUCGUCUUCCAGCUCCGGGGAGAGCCUGGCGGGAGAGCGCUGCAUCCUCCGGGCAGGGCAGCCGGGAUGGAGGAGGGUGCCAGCCCCCCGCCGCGCCGCCACGUCCACACCUGACCGGCCCCUCGACCAUCUUCUCCGGAGGGGCGUCAAAGCGAGGCCCGAGGCCUGCCCCGGUGGGGGGAGCGCGGGGCCGCCGGGCCGUGGCGUGUCAGUAUUAGGACCCUGGGCAUCUGCCUGGCCUCCGGCUGGGCGAGGGGUGCAGCUCCGGGUCAGAGGGGGACGUAGCCGUCUGUCGCGUCAGGUGUUGCAUGUGAAAUCUUGAACUGUACAUGUAGUUUCUAGUGGAGAAAUCAAGGCUCUGAUGAUUUUGUUUUUAGUAUCCAAGAUGUGAUUUCCUUUCUGUUUGUAACUCAUCCUAGAGACAUUCUGGUGGGAGGAGAGGGGGAUGGUCUGACCGCUACGAGGGAAACACCAAAGAUCAAUGUCAUUAAACUGAUGGCUACCCUU